CCGGCGGUCGCGAGGGGCGGGGCUACCGGCCUCGCCGGGGUCUCCUGUGGGUGGCUUCGUGGUGGGGCGGCACCAUGAAGUCGGCCAAGAAGGACUCCCGCUCCCGAGUCCCCGCUGGCAGGGUCUUGGAGCCCACCGAGAACAUCAAAGGUUGGCGCCGAGUCACUCCGGCUCUCUUCGAAAAGAAGCGGACAAAGAUACCUGAGCAACCCACACCCCCCAUUCAGGAAGAGCCUGAGCCCGUCAGCAACGUGCUGCAGGGCGAUGACAUUCUCGCCUUGGCCGUUAAGAAGGAGGACUUGAAGAAGCAACACGUCCCUCGCCCUACUGCAGACAACCCUGUCAUUACCCAGAAAGUUUUCAUCCGUAAGCUGAAACCCAAGGAUUCUCAGAAGAAGAUCUGCCACUUAGUAGCUCAUCCUGCAAACCCAGAUGCGGCCGAAAAGCCCCUAGACUACUCAGGUCCUAGCGACAGCUUUGACGGCCGGGACCAGAUCCUGCCUCACCACAUCUUGGGGACUCUGCAGGACUUCAAGAGAAUUGCACUUGCUCAAGGGAACGCCCAGCUGGCUGAGCUGAUAUGCACCCCACCUAGCCUCAUGACCCUCAUCUCAGCUACUGAAGAGCCAACACCAAAGGCCCCAAAGGAGAAGCAGCAGCCCCAGGCCCCUCCGCCUCAGCACAACUUUCUAACACACUGGCAGUGGCACGUGGCCCUGCGGAAGAAGCAGCAGGAAGCCCUCAGCAAGCACCUGAAGAAGCCGGUGAGUGAGCUACUGAUGCACUCGGGCGAGACCUACAGACAGAUCCAGGAGGAACGGGAGUGCAUAGACCGCUGGCUGCCAACGGCGCACGACGGCAAAGACUACAAGGAGACCAGUGCGUUCUGGAGUCCCCUGGAAUACUUGGGAGAUGAGAGGACGGGUUUGCUCAUCACCAAGACAAAAACUCAGCGUGGCCUGGUGGAACCCAUCACGUGUGUCAGGAAGCCUUGCUCCAUCCAGGCGGAGACCGGGUUACCUGCCCCGAAGGAUUCUGGGUACCGCCGCGCCUGGGACCGCAGUCUCUUCCUGAUCUACCGGCGCAAGGAGCUGCAGAGCCUGAUGGCCGAGCUGGACUUCAGCCAGCGGGAUAUUGAUGGCCUGGAGGUGGUGGGCCGAGGGCAGCCCUUCUUCUCCAUCACUGUGGAGGACAGCUCAGCGUUUGAGAGGAGCCAGGAGACUGCCUCGGAAGACACAGCUUGCCAAGACUUCUGGGCUGGUCCAGGCGACGCAGCCCCCAUGCCGAUUCUUGGCCCUUCUCUGCUGUUCUGUGGGAAGCCAGCUUGCUGGAUCAGAGGCCGCAACCCCCAGGACGAGAGCCAGGUCGGAAUUGGAGUGCGGUUGACCUUCGAAACCCUCGAAGGGGAGAAGACGUCCUCAGAACUGACCGUGGUCAAUAACGGCACGGUGGCCAUUUGGUAUGACUGGCGGCGGCGGCCCCAGCCAGACUCUUUCCAGGACUUGAAGAGAACCAGGAUGCACCGGUUCUAUUUCAACAACCGGGAAGGUGUGAUUCUGCCCGGAGAAACAAGGACCUUUACCUUCUUCUUCAAGUCUUUGAAUGCCGGGAUCUUCAGGGAGUCCUGGGAGUUCCGAACCCACCCCACCCUCCUGGGUGGCGCCCUCCUGUUGGUCACCCUGCAGGCAGUGUCCCUGACCCAGGACAUUUUUAGGGAUGAGAGGAAGUUGCUGGAGAGCAAGCUGGCUGCCCAUGAGUCGGUCGCCGUAGUGCACCGCGUGCUGCAGGAGCUGCUGAGAGGGAUCCUGACCCCGGAGCGCACGCCGUCCCCUGUGGAUGCUUACCUGACAGAGGAGGACUUGUUCCACCAUAGGAACCCCGGGCUGCGCUACCAGCACCAGGUGGUUCAAGGCCUGCACCAGCUGUGGAACCAGUAUAUGAUCCUGCCCCUCAAGGACAGGGAACCCCGGCCCAGCCAGGAGGAGCCCCUGAGCUCCAGGACCCAGGCAGCCUCUCCGGAGAAGGCUCCCGCGAAUGCCGAGCUCCAGCUGCCCCAGCAGGAGAGCAAGUCCCACAGGGACUCCCGCCAUCCCUCCCUGUCCCAGAGGUCCGCAGCAGGGACCAAGAACACCUUGCGCAGGAGCAUCAUGGAGGAGAUCCUGGUGGAGGAGGGCCCAGACGUGGAGAGCGCCACGAGCCGCUCAGAGCCGGAUGGCUUCUCCCUGCCGGAGUGGAGCCUCUGCCUGGAGGACUUCAGAAAGGCCGUGAUGACCCUCCCUGAGGAGCACGAGAGAGAGGACGCACUCAUCAGGCUUAACAGGGCAGCCCUGGAGCUAUGCCCAGAACAGAGGCCGCUGCAGCCCGACCUCCUGUACCAGCUGUGUUUGCAGCUGUGGCGAGAUGUGAUCGACAGCCUGGUGAGCCAUUCCCUGUACCUGAGGGUGCUGCUGGGCCUCCCAGAGAAGGAGACCGUGUACAUGUUUGUCCCGGAAGAGCAAGAUCAGAAGUCACUUCCCACCACGGAAAUGAAGGCAACGGCCGGGAGAGUCGGGAAAGAGGAACGGAAAGGGACCGCCCAGGAGAAGAAGCAAGGGGGAGUCCGAGAUAAAGACGACAAAAAAGGAGCAAAGACUCCCGUGAAAGAGGACCGUGCGAACAGCAAAAAGCAGAAGGCAAAGGAGGACAAGAAGGUAAUCAAGUCUACAAGUCGCGACAGGCUCUCCUUGGAAGACCCCACGCCUGACAGUGUCAGGACGUCUCAGGAGCCCAUCGAUCCCCUGGUCAUGGAGAAAUACAUGCACCGGCUGCACACGGAGUGCAGUGGACAUGCAGGUGCUUUCCACCGAGCAGACCUUUCCCUGGGACUUCUGUCACUUUCCUCCAGGUCUACGGGCUGCUGGACACCCUGGUGACCGACCUGAUGGUGCUGGCUGAUGAGCUCAGCCCUGUGAAGGAUAUGGGGGAGCAGCUGCUUGUCUAGCUGUCCUGGGCCUUGAGACCUCCUGGCUAGCAAUGAUGCCAAUAAAAGCCUUUAGGUUUCUAGCA